GCUACCUGUCUGCUGAACCAGAGCUGGCUGAAUAACUACUAAAGAAACUCAUUUUAAAGCUGUGGCUAGCUAAUGUGAACUGCUUGGUUUGCAUCAGAUCAAAUAUCUUUGGAUGGUUUUGGAGCGGAGUUAUUCCAGCUAGGUUAGCUAGGUCUGUAAAGCACGCCGCUCCUCAGGCUGAAGACGCUGUCCGGGUGCCCGCCGUCUGCUACUCGCCCCGCCUAGCUUCAUAUCUGCCGAAGCUUGAACAUUGCAGGCCGGCGCAUUUUUAGAUCCUUAAUUGUCCCUCAGUGUUUUUUGUUUUUGUUUUUUUUUACAAUGGCAUCCCGUUUGAACGAUGCACACGACAACCCUUUGGCUGACAACCUGAUAGAGACUGAAGCUGAGACUGAGUUUCUGCUUGAAAAGCCUUCCUGCUUUAUAAUCACUGGAAAACCAGGUACUGGCAAGUCUACCCUUGCCAGAAAAUUAGCUCAAACCUGGAAAUGUGUGCUCAUUGAUGAUAUGGAGUUGCUCAACAGUCAUAUCCGGGAUGGCACAGAGCAAGGCAGAGAGCUCUCUGCUCUGCUGGCCACAGGACAGAGCAUUCCGGAAGAGAAGGUCGCCAUGCUCGUGCUUGAGAAGCUUAACUCACCAGAAGUAGAAAACUAUGGUUAUGUUCUUUCAUGUUGGCCAUCGAUGUCUGAGGAAUACCUGAGUAUACAUGAGCAGAUAGAGCUGGUCAGAAAUCUGAAGCUGGCCCCAGACAUCAUAAUCAAUGUCAAGUGUCCAGACGGGGACCUGAGGAAGCGGCUAGCUGGGCAGCGGCAGCACCCACAGACAGGCCGCGUGUUCCUCAGAGAAGAGUGGCACCCUGGGAACAACGAGACAGACAAAGCAAGGAGUGAAACCGAGGAUGAAGUUGGUGAGGAGGAGGAGGUGGAAGAGCUAGAGCUGCAGAAGGACAUGAUCGGUCACUUGGUGAGGGUGAAGGAGAAUUUCCCAGAGGAGGCCUACCACAGGAUUCUGGACUAUAAAGACACUCUGCUCAGACCUUUGGAGGACUUUAUGGCAGAUCAUGACCCUCAGUACCUAUUUGAACUAGAUGGAAACAAAGACCCAGAGGAACUCUUUUUGUCGGUAGCGGCUCGUCUAGAGUCCAUGGCUGUGAGGAGAGCUGCAGUCCCUGUGCGCUUGCUGCAGCUAGGUGAGGAGGCGGUACCAGAGGACACAGACACGGAGGAGCUGCUGCGCGCACUGUCCUCAUUCAAUACUGUAGUGCCAGGCUUCCGUUGGGGCAGGAGCCGGUGGGGACGCACCUGCCCUGUUGCCCUCAAAGAGGGCAAGAACAUCAAAGGCAAACCCGAAUUUUCUGUUGGCUUCCUGGAUAAGAUGUAUGUCCUGUCCUCCCAAGACGCUCUGGAGAAGUUCAUGAUGAGCCCAAGGCAGUACCUUCUCCCGCCCAUGCCAUGCCCACCAUGCAGAGUGUCUGUGAUUGGACCGCCGUGCUCAGGAACGAGCACUCUGAGCGCACUAUUGGCUGAACACUACGGGACAGUGCUGAUAGACAUGAAGAAGAUUAUGGAGCCAGUCUUGAUGAAGGUCAGGCAAGGAAUGCUGGAGGAAGUACGUCAGGAUGUGACUACCACUGCCAUGGAAAAGGUUCAGAUGGAGCUGGAUUUGGCAUGCGGACCUGAAACGAAGGUGACUGAAGAUCACCCGGACGUGCGAGCGCUUGUGGACGAGGCCAUGAGGGAGGCUGAGCAGGCGUCUCCUGACCUGCCGGAGGACCUGUGGGUUGACGUGCUGCAGAGGAGGCUUGCAGAGAUUGAGGCUGAGGAUGCAGGUGUGAAUUUUAAGAGAGGCUGGGUGCUGGACAACUUCCCCACCACCAGAGCACAGACGGCAGCCAUGCAGGCGGUGCACACUAGCAUCAUGCCUGAUGUGUUGUUCUGCCUGAGAGACAGUGAUGGCGAGGGGAGCACCGUUCUGAAAAGGCUCUAUGAGAGGAACAAGGACAUGAUAGAUGCGGCUGUCCUUGCACGUCUGCAGGAAGAACAGAGGCAGAAAGACACCCAGCAGCCUGUUCUGGACUCGGAAGAGGACGUGCAGGAGACCAGUGCUCCCUCCAGACUGGACGUGGUGCCUGAGGAGGCUGACCCUACAGAGGUCACGUUGCCUUCUACAUGGGAGAAAGGCUAUCCUCCUGGUCCAGAGAUGACCAAAUAUAAGCUACAGCACAGGACGUUUCUGCAAGACUGGGACAGGAUGGAGCCGUCUGUCACCUGCAGCUACGCUGUACUUGAGAUCACCAGCCAAACCCCCCACAACCUGCUGCAGGCGAUGGUGGACCACAUGGAGCAGACGUUUAAAUACGCAGCCUGGGAGAUGUCCAGCCUGGACUUGGACGAAGAGGAGGAGGACGCCAAGGUGCUGGCCAAGCUGGGCAAAGAGGAAGAGGAAGGAGAUGAUGAAGAGGCGCAGGAGGCAGAGGAGGGAAGCAGCACUAACAGAUGGUUUGGGGACACUCAGCUUUUCUGCCCAGUGGUGCUGAGAGAGAGGGGAAUUCUGGCUCCCUGCACCCAUGACUUUACAGCCAAGUACAGGGAGAGAGUGUAUCGUCUGUCCAGUGCAGAGGCUCGCGACAAGUUCCUACAGCACCCAGAGUGCUACACCUCAACCACCGAGCUACUGAAGACCCCAGCCGUGCGCCUCUUCCAGCUGGGAGUGCGCGGCUCUGGAAAGACCUCGCAUGGCCGCUGGCUCGCGGAGCAGCUGGGCCUCUUCCAUGUGCAGUUCCGUGAGCGGCUCCAGGAGCUCAUCCUGCCCAAGACCCAGCGCCGCGUGCCCUACGCCGACGAGGCCGAGCCCCCGGAAGAACAGGAGGCCGAGGCGGAGCCAGAGCAGAGCCUCACCAUUGACCCUGAUCACUCAGAGGAGGAGAAACCGAUGCUGACAGAUGAGGAAGAGGCCAUCAAGGCGUAUCUGUCGGACAGAGAACCGUUACCACAGGAGAUGAUGGAGUUGAUCGUGGCAAAGCUAUGGGAUGAAGAGCCAUAUAAAUCCACUGGAUUUAUUCUGGAGGGCUUUCCUCUGCUUCCAGAGGAGGUGUCCUUUCUGGUGAAGCGUCACCUGUACCCAGACGCUGUGGUGCUGAUGAAGUUAGAAGUAACGGAGGUGGUGCACCGCCUGCUGUCCCCACGGCUCACCCGCUGGAGGGAGAGACGAACCCGACGGAGAGAGCGUAUGCAGCUGCUUAAAGAGCUACGCGGAAAAAACAGGGAAGAGGCCGUGAGCCAGCGGAGAGCUGAGCUGGAGGCUGAGCAUGCAGCAGCUCUCAAAGAAAUGGAGGAUGAAGAAGAUGAACUGGACGAGGAGCAGCCGGACUGGGAGCAGGAGGUGGAGGCCAUGCUGCAGAGGGAGUUUCCCUCUGAGGAAGAAGAAGGUGUGGAGGAUGAAGAGUCAGAGAUCACUGCUAAGGAGAGGUUGGAGAUGGAGAUCAGUGAGAGGUUUGACACAGAUGACGACAACCUCAGUAGAGUCAUGGACCUUCUGGAAGAUCAGCGGAUCCCUCUCCUGACCAUUGACGCUGGCCGUAAACCUCACGUCGUGCGCUACCAACUACUGCAGAAAGUCAAGCCUGUGGUGGAGAACAGGGAAGCUCUGUUUCAUAAGUGUUACCCCCUCAACUACAGCCUCGCACAAAAGCUCCUGAACGUCUCCUACAAGUUCUACAGUGCCUUUGGGUGCUGGGACCCUGUUCGGCAUGCUGAGGGAGAUGUGAUCCAGCACAGGCAGACUGCCCUCCAUCCCAGCUUCCCCGUCCUCUUCCACCACUUCAUUUACUUCUUCGUUUCCAAGGAGACCCGAAACACCUUCAUGCUCAACCCCAUCAAAUACCUCCGGCAGCCGAAGCCGAAGCCCUCGCUGCCCAUCAAGCUGGCCAUCAUUGGUCCACCAAAAUCUGGCAAAACCACGGUUGCCCAGAUGUUUGCCAGUGAGUUGGGCCUGGCGCGCCUCUCGAUUGGUGAUGCCAUGCGGAUGGUGCUCAGUACCCAGGGCAGCUCAGAGCUGGCCACACAGAUGUUGACGCACCUGAGUCUGGGCCAGACGGUGCCCGACGAACUGGCUAUUCAGUGCCUGGAGGUGGUGUUGAUGGACCUAGUCUGCAGCACACGGGGUUACGUAUUGGACGGCUUUCCCAUGACCAAAAGGCAGGCCGAUCUGAUGGAGGCUCGUAGCAUUAUACCUGUACGAGUGAUCGAGCUGCACAUGGAAACAGUGGAGGUUGUGAGAAGAGGCCUGGGAGACGAGUCAAAACCCAGCAGGCCGUAUCCGACACGUGACAGCCCUCAGAUCCUCAGCGUAAGGAACUCCUGCUUCCGGCGUGAGGUGGCAAGCCUGCGGCAGCACUUUCAGCAGCAGUACCACAACUGGGUUCCUGUUGACGCGCACAAAAGCAAGUGGUGGGUGUGGGAUCGAAUUCUACACGAAGUCCAGAUCAGCAUGGGACAUAUCCAGGACUACCUUGAGAGGAUCCGCAAAGGCCAGGCUGCCAGGAUACAGCACCUGUGUAUUACUCCUGCCGAGCUUCAGUCUCGGCUGGGGGAGUUUGGCCACUACUGCCCUGUCAGCCUGGCUCUUCAUUACCAUCUAGUGGACUGCUCCCUCCACACCUCCCUAGAGCUGGCUGCUGAGUACAGGGGCCACUACUACAAAGUGGCCUCCAGGGAGUAUCUUGAGAGGUUCCUUGAAGCUCCAGAACAGUUUUUGGCACCAAAGUGCCCUUAUUUGCUGCCCCCUGCUAAGCUGCUGCCCCACAGGCUGACCGCAGGCCAGGUGAAGAGCCGCUUCCCUCAGCAGGUGGAGAUGAAGGGCUACUGCCCAGUCACAUACCUGGAUGGGCAGCAAAGGUAUGAGGCUCUGGUACGUGGAAACGUGGAGUUUGCUGUGGAGUAUCGGGAGAAAAUCUACAUCUUUGAGACAGAAGAGAAACAAAACAAGUUUCUACGAUCACCUGAGACUUACUGGGACCAGAAACUCCCUCAUAAACUUCCACCAAUGGGAGACCCAGUGCAUCUAACCUCUUUACCAAUGCUAGGCUACUUGGAACAGGGAGUGGCUACAUCCAUCAUUAAAGGCAUGACGGAGGUGGGGUGUCUUAAGCCAAAGUUCCCUUACCUGAGUGUAAAGAGGUCUGCUAUACUCUACCUGGCCUUUCAUUUAAAAGCGUACAACCCCAGGAACUCAGACUACAUUCGGGAGAAGUACAAGGAGAAGCUGGCUGGGUUCAAGGAAGCUUGUGAGCUCAUCUCCUACCUGGGCUCAGUUAUGACUCGCAGGCAUAAGCCCCCCCAUGAGCAGCCCACUGACUUUGAAGAUAAGCUUCACAAGUUCCUGGCCCUGGAGGACGGCACUAAAACAGCCUCAGGGUUGAUACAGCUCGGAGGACGUUAAAAUGCCCCCAUUUACUAUAUAAUCACGGGCAUCACAUUUAAGUGUUUAAUGCAUUUUUGAUUAACCUUGAAAGACAAAUGAAACUUUAAUUCAUAUUAGCAAAAUCACAUUUACACUACUGAGCAUUUUAUGUGGUUUUGUUGUUUAAUUAAACAUCUUUUAAAAAGUGCA